AAAAUUGGCGCCAUAUAUCCGAAAAAGUCAACAUUCAAUUUUUUAUAAUUGAUAAACAAUCAUGACUAAAAGAAAAACUCAGCCUAAAAAUAAGCUCGAGGCUCCUGUGAAUGGUAAAUCAUCGAAAAAACGGAAAGUCUUAUCGGAAUUGGAUGUUGAAUGCCGCACGGAAACUAGAGCUGCAAAACGGCGUAGACUGAAUAAUGCUGAGAUUGAUUCAGGUCCAACCGAUUCAAUUGUGUCUGAUGUUAAGAUCAAACAAGAUAUCGACGAGGUUGACAAAGUGGUGGUUUCUGCCGACAUAGGCAUGGAUGAUGUAAAGGUAAACAUGAACACAGACCUUGUAACAGCAGCGAAACUCAACAUCAGCAAGUCAGCUAUCGAUAUACUGAACAUGAAAUCUUUAAUGUCUUCAUUUAAUGGUGACAAUCCGGACCAAUUCUUCGAACAUUGCCGGCAAUUUGUGAAUUCUUCUACCAUGGCUUCGGCGGAAAUUUUGACGAUUGACCAGGCAGAUACGCCACUGUGGUUUGAAAUGCGCUAUGGAAGGAUCACUGCUAGCAGGAUUUAUCAGGCAUCACGCUGCAAAACCAAAAACGGAAGUCUAGUCGACUCAAUUAUGGGAAAGCGGAGCGGAUGGUCAUUUGCUAUGCAGCGUGGCACAAACCUCGAAGAUCAAGUAUUCAAUAUUCUCAAAAACGAAAUGCACUUGCAAGGACACAAACUCAAGCAGUGCGGAUUAUUUGUGGACGAGAAAUUACCACAUUUUGGUGCGUCGCCCGAUGGAAUUGCUGACGAUUUUGUUGUCGAAAUAAAGUGUCCAGCAACGGCAAAAACCUAUUCCGAAUACAUUUCCGUGGAAACACUGCAACGGAGGUAUCUGGCUCAGAUUCAGUUGCAGAUGCACAUAACGAAACGUAAAAGGGCGCUAUUAGGCGUAGCUGAUUUAAAUUUUGAAAAAAAUAAGAAAGUUGUAAAGGUAUGGAUUGACUAUGAUGAAAAUUAUGUCAAAGAAUUGAUUGACGAUGCAAACGCCUUUUGGAUACAGGCCGUGUAUCCUUUACUACGACGAAAACAUUUCAAUAAAUAAACGAUUGAGAUUGAAAGUAA